GUUUCUCACAAGUGGGCAAGGCAUGAAAUAGAUAGCCUAGGGCUCGGCUAUAGGCUAAAAUACCAUGCACAGCAGGUGGAUUACCUCAUUGCCGCGGGGGGUGAUGGUAAACGACAAUUCAGCUCACUCAUAUCGCCAUCAACACUCAGAGAGAAUGCUGCGCUGGAUGGCGGACAAAUUCAACCAUGGUUAGAUGGUUUGCGACCAUCAGAUCUGCAAUUUGUGCAUUCCGGUCGAUGAGUGCAGCCUACGAACGUUUAGGGAUGGCCACAACAUGGCAGAAAAUCCAACUGUUCUACCAAGGGGUGCUAGAUAAUGGAGACAAAAGAACUGACAGCUGGUUGCUGGUGUACUCACCUGUGCCAAUCACUUGCAUCUUUCUGUGCUACCUGCUCCUCAUAUGGGUGGGCCCCAAGCUGAUGGCUCAGAGACAGCCAGUCAACCUCAAGCCUGUGCUCAUCAUUUACAACUUUGCUAUGGUCUGCCUGUCCGCCUACAUGUUCUAUGAGUUCACAGCGUCAUCCUGGUUGGCAAAUUAUAGUAUAUUAUGUCAGCCUGUGGACUACAACACCAGCCCACUGGCAAUGCGGAUGGCCACGGUCUGCUGGUGGUUCUUCUUCUCCAAAGUCAUCGAGCUCAGUGACACUCUUUUCUUCAUCCUGAGGAAGAAGAACAGUCAGCUGACGUUCCUGCAUGUCUACCACCACGGCACCAUGAUCUUCAACUGGUGGGCUGGGGUCAAAUACGUGGCAGGAGGCCAGUCCUUCCUUAUAGGCCUUAUCAACUCAUUGGUGCAUGUGGUGAUGUAUCUAUACUAUGGGCUGGCAGCGCUGGGGCCUCACAUGCAGCAGUAUCUGUGGUGGAAGCGCUACCUCACCUCCCUGCAGCUGCUCCAGUUUUUCAUAGUGACCAUCCACACCAGCUACAACCUGUUCACUGACUGCGACUUCCCAGACUCCAUGAAUGCUGUGGUGUUUGCCUACUCCCUCAGCCUCAUCGUACUCUUCAGAAACUUCUACUAUCAGAGCUACCUCACCAAGAAGAGCAAACAGACAUGAGACACGGAUGUAGAGGCAAUUAUUACUUAUUUUAUUAAAUUGGUCAUGUAUGUUUUUUAAAUAUUUAUUGACCCAUCACGUUUAAGUAAAACAGGUCUCUAUCCGCUGGACAUAAGCUUCUGUUUGUUUCUGUUCCAGCCUCCCCUCCAACCAUUAGGGUAACACACACACACUCAGGGAGAGCUA